UCACCGCGGACGAUCUCAUGCGAAUGCAAGAGGGACCCCGGAGAAAACGGCUGAGACUGGACGAUGCGGACGGGGAGGAGCUGGAGGCCGAGGAACACGCUUCUAAUAAUGGAGUACGAGAGGUAGACGAAGCGGUCGGAUCAUCCGAGGACGACGAGGAGUCAAGGAGUGGGAGUGAGGAGGAUAGAGAGGACUCUAGGAGUGGAAGUGAAGAGGACGGAGAGGGACCAGGGGAAGACAGCGACGUUUCGCAGCGUGCGGUCCCGCCAAUAUACACAGCCAAGGAUGAAGACGACGAUGUAGACAGCUACUUCGCGUCUUCGCGCAUGUCUUUGAAGCCGAAAGCUGCGAACCCUCUAGCGUUACAAGCACCCUUACGCGUGAAGCCAUUACCCUCAAGCUUUGAGACCAUGGGUAUUUCCUCCGUGCUUACCUCGGCUCUUGCGAAAAUGUACAUCAAGUCACCCACCGAGAUUCAAGCAGCAUGUAUACCCCCGCUCCUCGCAGGCAGAGAUUGCAUAGGAAACGCGAAGACCGGUUCCGGAAAGACCAUCGCGUUCGCACUGCCAAUCUUGCAGAAGCUGUCGCUCGACCCGUAUGGGAUAUUUGCUCUUAUCCUGACGCCAACCCGGGAACUGGCUUUCCAGAUAUCGGAGCAGUUUGCCGUGCUUGGAGCACCGCUGAACCUGCGCACCGCCGUCGUUGUUGGAGGUAUUGAUAUGAUGGCCCAGGCCCUCGAGCUGGGGAACCGGCCGCAUGUCGUCGUCGCUACCCCAGGCCGGAUUGUUGACCUGCUCAAGAGCACGUCGGGGGAAUGGGACUUGUCGCGCAUCAAGUUCUUGGUACUUGACGAAGCGGACAGGCUGCUUACGCCCUCGUUUGCCCCAGAAUUGUCAUAUCUGUUUGAGACGUUACCCAUGGAACGUCAGACAUGCUUGUUCACGGCGACGCUUACUCCUGCUGUCGAGCGCGUCGCCGAUGCGCCUCCGAGACCCGGCAAGCAAAAGCCAUUCGUUCACAGGAUGACCGCUCCGGUAGAGACAGUCGAGACUCUGAAGCAGCACUUCAUUUUGGUGCCCUCCCAUGUUCGGGAAGCCUACCUGUACUACUUCCUAUGCAAUCCUCCCGAAUCCACCCUCCACCUCCGCCGUGCCCCGCCAGAACCGACGCAACCCUCUCGCAAGCAGAAGGGCUCACAGUCUAAGUCCUCCAAGAAAGGGAAGCCCCAGAAGAAGUCAUCGGCAAACGAUGACGAGGUCCCCGAGCAACCUCCACCUACUAUCAUAUUCUGCACGCACCCACGCACAGCAGCAUACCUCACACACCUCCUCCAAACCCUCCGCAUCCGCACGACUGCCCUCCAUUCCCGUCUGACGCAGCGAGAACGCCUCUCUUCUCUCUCCCUCUUCCGCGCCUCCGUAGUGCCGGUGCUCGUAUCUACAGACGUCGGAGCACGCGGUCUCGAUAUAGAGGAUGUUGCGAUUGUCAUCAACUGGGACAUCCCGUCCGAACCAGAGGAAUACACCCACAGGGUUGGUCGUACUGCCCGCGCAGGCCGCGGCGGUGUCGCCGUGAGUUUCGUCACCGAACGGGACGAAGAGCGAAUCCUCAAAGUAGAGGAGCGAAUCGGUGUCAAGCUUACGGAAAUGCCACUCCCCGAAGCAAAGGUUCUCGAAAACCUCAACGCGGUCUCGACCGCCAAGCGCCUCGCGAACAUGGAGCUCCACGACUCGGACUUCGGCAAGCGCGAGGAGAUCCACAAGGUCAAGCGUGCGAAGCGUGCCGCGGACGUCGCCGCAGCGGCGGCGGCGUCGGCCGCCGUCCCUUGAGCGCUGUCGCCGCCGCUGCUGCCGUCGAGUCUAUCCACAAACAUGCGCGAGUUACGUGCGCGCGCCACAGGCCCCCGUAUCGCUUCGGGGGCGGAAGCUGGGGCCCGCGCACCCUCUGUACGUAGGCAUAAUACACAUCAGAUCGUGUGUCGAUGCCGUACCCGUGCCUGGUGGACCCCACAGAUCUCGUACAUACUACCAACCUUGCCCGCACCGGCGCCCAAGUCGAAGUGGGGAAAGGGGAGCACGACUCCGCGCGCCGCUGAACUUUCUGGAGGCUCCGCGGGCACACCAAGGGUGAGAUAACCACAGCGGGGCGUCUUGAGAGUCUCCGCGGCAGAAAUGAGAUCAGGGGGCCGCACGGUUCUCCACGGAUAGGUGCCAGUACUUACUGGCACUCUCCCGUGUUCGAUUGUCGCCGAUUCAGCACCCGACUUCCUCUUCCGCGCCACCUGACUUGAGGCGUACGACGCAUAUGCAUAUAGGGGGGUACAGUAGUGAGAGAAACGUGCGAUGGAUGCGUGUAUGCGUGCUCGAAUCUCUCCCCUAACGGCAACCCAGAAGACCGAGGCGGAUGUAUGCGCGCCGCGCGACGACGGUCGUACGUACGUACAACGUGAGCGACUGACCACGCAUCUGACAAUGGAAGUGAGGAAGCCGGUCACAGGGUACUGCAGGAACAGUCGUGCAUAGAAGGGCUGAUGGGAAGAACCGAUGGCGAGCGGGCAUGGAGAGGGAGGGAGCUCGAGAGGGGGAUAUCAUAAUAACCACCGCCGGUGUCUGUUGGUAUACACGAGAGAAGGCCCGGGAGUGGGGAUAGAAGAACAAGAACGACGGGUCAACGAUUCUGCUGUCACGGCCAGACGUUUAUGAGGCGCAGUAUACAGCUGGUAUCGUAACGGAUCGGUGGUGGAGUGGAACGAGAAGGGAGAGAUGCGUACGGUCGAGUCGAGAGUGCUGCGGAACGGGAACGGAACGACGACAUACGACGAGAACGACGGAAGAUUACUGCGGGUUUAUGUCGACAACGACACGAUGGCGGGGACGAGCUGAGGAUAGGAGAGACGAGUACAAGUACCGGGUCACAUGCGUAUGAUACAAUGGAUUGACCGGAGCUGGUUUCUGACGCUGGGGCACCGUGACCAAGACGGCAUGGCAUGCAAAAGACGAGCGUACUGUAAGAGAGAGAGAAGACGGUAGACAGCGGCUGGCGUUCAGGGCAAUCGGGGAGGGGGCCGGGGGCGUACGUGACAGUGCAGCGAAUUGAACGGAUAAGUUAGGGAGGAGGGCCUCCUGCAAUUUUGGGGCUUGUCACACAGGGUUAUCUUCGCGAAACCACGGAAGCGCGGCGCAGGACGAGAGAAGGGAGAAACAGAGGAGAGGAAGGCAACGUGCGUUUCCGGACGUAAGAGUGCGGGGGAGGGGAUCGGGGGCGUCCACGUCCGCUCCCACCGGGUAAGGGAUUCGGCUGUUUUGCAGCCGCAAGAAGUCAGGAAUUCGAAGACGCGGCGAAGUGUUAUUGCCGUUCGAACAGUUGGGUCCGAGCCUCCAACGGCACGAGAGAGGUGCUGGGGCCGGCAAGCAAACACCCCAGUGGCGCGGAAGCGCGGUGCGCGGUUUCGUCACGUCAUAUCGACCUCUUCACCACGGACCACUGGAUGAUCAACUGCUUGACGCGAUCCUGGAGGCUCUUCUUGCACACAUCGCAGGAGAGGUGGUCAGCCAGCGGGCAUAACGCGCUCUCCAUUGCGCUUGUCGACAGGUCUGGACGCGCGUCCCACGCGAGAUAAGCGGACGCGAGGGCCCAUGCUCUCGUCAGCUUCUUCUGCUCCGUGAAGUCGCAGUUGGCCGUCGGGGGGUGUGGAUGGGGUGGGGGGAGGAGCAGCCGCUUGAGCGCGUCGAGCCGUCCGAGGUGCAGGAAGAACAAGCGCUUCAUGUACACGGGUCCGAUUCGCGUUGCGAUCUCGUCCGUGAGGGUGUGGAGGGAGAAGGACAGAAGAUGGCUCGAGACUGGGACCGCGAGAUCGUACAGGUCGUGCUUCGCGGCAAGCGCGUAGAUCACGAUGGGCUGCACGGGUGCUUGGCCGAGGAUGAGGGAGUACAGGGGCGUAGAGGGCGCGAUGUGACGUCUGGGAGGGAGACCGUAAUCGGCCAUCGCGUCGACCGCGGCGGUGAGCGUGUCGACGCUUGGAUGGUAGUGCGCGCAUGAGAUGUCGUAGACGACGUGCAAGACAAUGUUGAGCACGGUCGCGGAAUCGGGGAGUGGUACGACUGGCCCCAGGUCAUCGCGGAACUUGGCCUUGCUGGCCUUUGGUGGAACGAGAUCGUUGAAACGGUUUGUGGAGACAGCGAGGACCUGGGUUGUAUGCACGUAAAAGAAGACGCCGUCUGCGGAGAGUAGGAUGAGAUCUGGGGGGAUGGGGAGGAGAGCGGCGCCAGGGUGGAAGGUGGUCGAAACGGAGACGAUGGUGUUGCCGGGGAGGUGGUCUGGAGGAAUGUCGUCAGGAUGAGAGGGAGAGAGGGGAGUCU